UCGUGCUUCAGCAAAUUUGCCGGAAUUUGGACUCAAUGUUGUGAAUCCUCGACGCGGGACGCUCCUGAUCACUGCUUUGGACGAAAACAUCAUUUGUGCAAUCUUCGUGUCCAGUUGGAGUCUUCUCUGCCACGUUGAAGCUUCUCGGCCUAGCUUAGCUCAGCUUAGCUUAGCUUGCUAACAAAGAGACACGUUUGUGAUCAACACUUCGCUAAGCAGAGAUCAAGCAUGAGAUUGAUGCCACAGUCAUUGCCUUUAAAGAUGUCAGCAGUCUGGCUGGCUACAUCCCAAUAUAUGGAGAUCGCAUCGCAGCAAGACGCAUCUGUUUGGAAAACAAAGGUGCAAAUAAAGGAACAAGAGAAUCAAAAAUAAUUCACUGCUUGAAAAACUAAAGAUAAAGAUGGGUGUUGGGAAUGAGGAUAAUGAAAGUGAUCAUGAGGAGACUACAACUGCAAAGCGGAAAAGAACCUACACAAAAAACAACAAAUGGGCUGAAAAGCUGACCAGAAAAGUUGAGUUGGGGUGGAUUCGUGAAGGUAAACAAAUAAGGAAACGCAAAGGAUGGGGAACGAGGACACUUGGUGUGUCCAAAGAGUCCAAAAAAGCUGACAUGUUGCAGUAUGCUAAAGACAUUUUCUUUCCAAAUGGAAAAAGUAGAUUUGGAAGAUGUGAAGCAUUCAGUUGUGACAUAUUAGACUACCAAGAGGAAGCUGUACUUGAUGAAGAUAUCACAAUUGGAGACCUCUACAAAGUACGAAGAAUGGGAGUGUUACAAUUUUACCUUUGCACUAAUAGACUGGUAGACUCUGUUGCGGAAAGCUCUGAUGCAAAUAUUGACCUUCAGCUGAGAGACACACAUGAAGAUGAUCUUCAAACCAUUGUCAUUCAGUCGGCUGAUUUGAAGGAGUUAGAUGCACAUGUAAUUUCUGACACAUCUGAGGUGAUGAUUGGCCCUUUCCUUGGAGAACCCAUGGCAAGUCAGCUGGAUGACUCUUUGAUACAUCAACCCAUCCUGCAGUUUGAAGUAGAUGAGCUGGCCAUCCCGUCAGUCACUCCUACCGCAUUAAGCACAGCAACAUUCAACACUCCAGACACAGCAUAUACAGGUGAUCAAGCAAGUGAUUCUACAGCUCUAUAUGCUCUUGAAUGUGUCAUCACCAUAAAAUUUCACAGAGUCCAUCUUCUGGAGGAAAUGAUUAGCCAGUUUAAGGAUGCAGCACUGCUCAAACACCACUUAAAAUACACUUACAUCGAUGAAAAAGGAGCUGAUGCAGAUGGUGUUUCAAGGGGUGUCUAUGCUGCAUUUUGGACAGAGUUUAUGGACCACACAGCUGAGGGGGAGGACGUUAGAGUUCCAACACUGUCUCCUAGAUGGUGUCCCCAUCCUUUUCUCAACUUCGGAUAUGGAAUAACCAGCGAUGAUCUUGGGGGUGCUACAUCACUGAAGAUUUUCGUACUGAGGGGCAGGAGCCAGAGCCCCCUCACAUUAAAGGAAAUGGAGGACGAAGUGGUCCACCAAAUCAAAGAGGAAGAGAAAUUGGAGCCCACUCCCAUUGAAAAAGAGGAUGCGGAAGAGCACCCCCAUAGCAAACAUGAAGUAGAGGAGGACAUCACCAAGUUUCUUUCGACUGGUGUCCCUUUGAAGACUAAAGAUGAAAGCCAAAGUCAAGCCUACAGAAUGACAGUUUAA